GUGCUCCCUAGCAAUUUUGUGAGAGAUUUUAAUUUUUUUUCCCUCUCACGAUACCUUAUUUGGUUGUUUGAUUGUGUGGCUGUAGCUGUGAAGGAGAGAGGCGGUCAAAGCGGUGGUACACAUCCCCACUGAAGUUGUCAGGCCACGUAUCAUUAUGUCCCCCAUUGUCUCCUAAUUUGCUUCUCCUCUAAUCUUUUCAUGGCAAAGCUGCUCUCCAUUUCUUCAAUCCAUUCCUCUCCUCCGGGCGGUUCACCCACGAGGCCCAAACCCAGCAGCCGUGGCCGCUCCUCCCAGCAACGUCACCGACUCGCCGCCGCCGUUUCUUCGAGAGUGAAGCAGAGGAGGGACGGCACCAUACACGCCGAGGAGCUCGAGGAGGAGGACGAUGCGGCCGUCCCAUCAAGGAGGUGUCCAGCGAGCGCCUCGUGCCCGGCGUCCGUAGUCGCCGCAGCUCCCCUUGCUGGCCUCUUUCAUCUCCGACAGCGGUGGCAGGAGUCGGAUGCCGCUCCGGCGCAGCUGUCUCCAAGGGGCUCCGGCUCUCCGGUGAGAGAUCCUCACCUGGACGACGCCCCGCUUUCUCCAUGGUCUCCGUGCAUCGGCUCUUCGCAGCGGAGCCCGCUGCAGCAAGCCCGCCGACCCGGCCCUGGAGCUCGACGACGCCGAUGCCAUAUGGAGCGGAGGAGGCAUCCUCGCCGGUCGACGUGUAUGGACGCGCUCUGUCCAUGUUCACGCCCGCCUCCAGGGCUGCGCGCCGCCGCACUGUGGGAGGCCGUCGGUGGCGUUCGAGUUGGCGGACCGCGUAUGCCCGUGAACAUCCCGGACUGCAUAUGGCCGGUCCCCACUGCCGCUGAUCUCGAGCGCGUUGUCGGUGGCUGCUGCGGCGGUGUCCGUGCGUUACGCGUCGAGCUUGUGCCUGCAGGCGGCACAACUGCUGGUGGAUGGCGGUCGCUGGAUAGGGCUCUCAAAAAUGGUCAAGCUGUUCGCUCCCACAGGACACCCAAACUAGGCAAAAUUUACCUGGUUGCAGUAGCAGGAGGUGCCAAGGCUGGCGUUCACGCCGCAUCGAGCCAAGCAGCCAACAUAGAUUUUAAAGUCUGUUUAUGCAAUUCUAUGUGAUAAUGCACCAAAUUCUUUCCUGAUUUGCUUCGAGGCACUCAUGCCACAAUGAUACAUUGAUUGCUGCUACUGACCACUCAUUAUUUGAUGAAGGUGUAGUGCCAGGGAAUAAGCUUUAGGCUAUGCAUACUUUGGAAUGGUUGUGGCAGUGCAUCGGAUUGCCAGAGGUAUAGCACCAUGCCUGCUUCAAGCAACCAAUCGGUACCUGGAGUACCAAAUAAAGGUGCAAAUUUCUUACUUUGAGCUAUAGUUUCAGAACUUAAGUCAUACCCAAGUCCUACUCAAUUUGAUCCUAUCUCGAAAUAUUAUUUUGCCCCUUAGAACUUUAGCCUACUAAUAAUUUUUCGUGGUUCUGUAACAAAGCUUAGCAAGCUUAUUGCUGAUUGAUAUAUUGGCAUUGAAAGACAUCUGAAUAAAAAUAUUUGAUCAUACAUUUUUAUUUACCAUGCGAAUUAAAUUGAAUUUGGCGCUCCAGAGGAAAAAAAUUGUGAAGAUCUGGGAGUUUAGGAGCCCAGAUCAAAAGAUCCUAUGCUUGCUCGAUUGUCGUUGUUGACCAGCAGGUUAGAUCUUUUGUUUUGUUCUCGGUUCUGCUCUUCUUCUCGGUUAAUGUGCUGCUAGGUAUUUUGGUCCAUUGAAGGCAAGAACAUCACAUCUGCUUCGAUGUAUGCCAUGGAGCUGAUCUUUGUACAACAAUAGAGUGUACUCUGUCUGGUAGUGCAUGCUGAAGCCAUGGCCUGUAUGGUUGAUGCAAUGUCAGCUCCAUACUUAUUUAUCU